GGGUAAACAUCCUGUCAGGCAGCGCUGAGGGCGGAGACUCUCCGUGGCCUUCAGUUAGUUACUGUAACCGAGCUCCGGUUCCUGUUAGAGUCUGUACCGGAGAACCGAAAAAUGCCUCUAACCUCACUGUAAACCCGGUACAACAUCUGAAAACACCAGGAAACAGCCUCAGCCAUGUCGUGCCGGGACAUCCACGCCACCAACGCUUUCUCCUUCAUCAUCGCCUUUGUGUCUGUGGGUGGGCUCGCUGUGGCGGCGGUAAUCCCACAGUGGCGCGUAACCAGACUCGUCACCUUCAAUCGCAACGCCAAGAAUAUCAGCGUGUAUGAUGGGCUGUGGGCUAAAUGUGUGAAGCAGGAUGGCUAUUCAGGAUGUUACUACUAUGAUUCAGAGUGGUAUUCUAAAGUGGACCAGCUGGACCUGCGGCUGCUGCAGUUCUGCCUCCCUAUCGGCAUCAUGUUCGGCUCCUUCGCCCUGCUGCUGUGCAUGGCUGGGAUGUGUAAGACCUGCUGCUGCUCAGACAAACCCGAACCAGACAUCAAAACCAUCCGCUUCCUGGUGAACAGCGCCGGAUGUCACCUGGUGGCUGGGAUGUUCCUGUUCCUGGGCGGAGCCAUCCCCUUGGCGCCCUCAGUGUGGUUCCUGUUCCGCACCAAGGAGAUGAACAUCAAGUACGACCACAUUUUCUCCGACGACUUCGCUGUUUACGUGUCCAUCGGCUGCUCUGGAGGCCUGAUGCUAGCGGCGCUGCUGAUGUUCAUGUGGUACUGCAUGUGUAAGAAGCUGCCGUCGCCGUUCUGGUUGCCUCUACCGUCCAUGUCCAACUCUCUGUCCACGCAGCCGCUAACCGCCAACGGGUUUCCUCCUUCGCCGGUUUACGGACCGCAGCCGUUCCCCCCGCAGACGUUUCCUCCCACGGUGAUCGACACUCAGCCUUUUGUUCCCUCGCAGGGCUACGCUCAGAGCGUGGUCGCCCCGGCUGCUACACAGGUCUACAUGUCUCAGCUUUCUGCUCCGGAUGGGUACGGAUCAGAGGUCGGAGGGACUCAGGCUUACAGCUACGCCCCCUCUCAGAGUUACGCUCCCUCUCAAAGCUACGCUCCGUCCCAGAGUUAUGCUCCAUCCCAGAGUUAUGCUCCAUCCCAGAGUUACGCCUCCAGCUACGCCGGCCACCGCUACUCCACCCGCUCCCGCAUGUCGGCCAUAGAGAUCGACAUUCCCGUGCUGACACAGGCCCAGUGAGAUGACCUCGGCACACUGAAGGCUUCUGUCCACGAACCUCCACACUGAUCAAACUAAUACACUGUGAUGUAUGAACGUUAAUAACAUGGGAGCCACUCGCAGCCUCCGGAGUGAUACUUUCAGAAAUUCUUUCAGGCAGAUCAGCUCUGAAUACAGAGGAUGAGAGUCUGUCAGAAGUGCCCUGGAGCUGCUUUAUGAAGGACAAGAUUUUCUUUUAUGUGUUGAUUACUGAAGUGCAGACACUGUUCAGCUCACUGUUGAGGAAAGGAAAAACUUUAUUUACAGCCAAAUACACUAAAGAUGCCUCGAUCAGCUGGUUUGUUUCACUAUUUUACCAGCAGAGCAGGACCACUAAAUAAUUAUUCCACACUUGCUGACGUGGCCAAUGAAGCAACUUACUAAUUACAGUGAAUGACGUUUAAUAGGUUGUUUAACACUCUGAACUCCAAGCAAUUUCUGGGCCAUUUUUUUAAACCUCUGAUCACAUUUUUAAAUGCAAUGUAAACUUGUGUACAACCAUAAAGGAGAAAGAGCUCAGAAUUGUCUCCUGUGCAGAAUGACAUAAAUCAUAAAAAGGGACAAAAAAAGUUGAAUUUUGUUGAUCUAAUCUUACAAAAAUGUAAAACUCUUGGAAUCAAAAUGAAAAAAAAUACUUUUUCUUUUUACAAAUACUGCAAAAAAAAUGCUGGCUCUAAAUGCUAGUUUUCAUUUGAAUAUUUCCAUUUUUCAUUUCUUUUCAGACUGGUCUUCUAUCUGCUACGUGUAAACACAUCCUGCAGUUCAGCCAAAAAGUCUAGGAAUUUUUGACACGUUACUGUUGGUCUCAGCCGAGUCACUAAUAGUUUAAUAGUUUUAGUGAGGCACACAGAAUUUUUUGUUUUUUACAGAAUCUGACAAUUGCAAACCAUUAAUGUUUUAUAUUUUUAAAUAAGACAUGUAGAAUGAAGUGAUUUUGAAUUUAGAUUUGAGUCGUACGUCACACGAUGCAUUUAAAGAACCAUUAGAAAGUUUGAAAAUCUGCCAACUGUUUCCGUCUAAUCUAAUUUUGUCAGUUUAAAAUUAAAAAAACGACACGCCUUUUAAACCUGCUGGCGGGUUUUGGGGUUCAGAGGGUUAAAUUCCUGACAUUCCACUAAAGAAAAGAAACGCAGCUCAUCUGCAAAAUUAUUAUUUCUGUUACAUUUUUUGUUGGAGAUGUUACCUUCAUGUGCUUUUGCUCAUUCCAAACUUGCAGUAUGGAGGUGUUUCUGUUAUCACUACUACAUGGACACACAGACAGGUUGUUCUACUACUUUAGUCCUAUAUGGACACACUAGAUCACUAACUAUGUAUUCCAGAAUCAGAGGGUACACCAGCAUCUGAAUGAAGACUUUAGAGAGGAAUUUACUCAGGCCCUGUAGGAUCCUAGCAUCUCUUUUAUACGGUAAAUAUAACACUAGCUUAACACUGUUAUUUACUUUAUAUUCUGUGCUCCUGAAUGGGAAACUACUAACUACCAAGCCGUCUUUCUGUAAUUUAUUUUUAUUGCUAAUUUUGCUCAGUUCACAUAGUUUUUAUUUACUUUUUCUAUAAAGGGUUAAUCCGCAUAAUGACUUUUGUGACACCCUAAAACAUUUUCUUUCGCAUAGAUGGAGAAAGAUUUGUUUGUUUCUGUCUUUUUUGUGCCACAUUUCAGACGUUUGCCUCGCUUUAGAGUUCAGUGGAAUCACGGCUACUGACUCACCUGUUUGUGUUUUCGUCGUUGUUAUAUAUAACAGCAGCUGUUAUAUAUAAAUAUAUUUUUUAAUGCACUAAUUGUAUGAACACUGUGCCAGUUUACAUCACCUUUGCUCCCUCACUGUACCGAGUGUUGUUGUUUUUUAACUGUAUUGCUUCUAAUUUACUGUAACAAACACUUUAUCUGGUGUCAAAAACGAUGAACCCUGUGAGCUGUUAAAUCUGAUGUAUGAAAGCAGUUUGAUUCUAUUAUUGUUGUGACUUUUUGUCUCCUCUCAGCUGAUUAAUCAGAUCCUGAUAAAGGGUCUGAGGUGUUUUGUUUUCGCUAACUUUGCUGGAAAUGUGACGUCGUUCAGUGAAGUUUAAGCCAAAUUAAGUGUCGCUGCCUUUUGAUCUUCUGCAACGUGGAAUCGAUGAAAUAGUCUAAAGAAAGCUGUUUUUUUUUUUUUACACUGUUACCUUUUUGUUUUAAAUAAAACAUAAUCACAGAA